UUCUGUUUUGAAGAAAACACUCAAAUUAGGGCCUAUGGACCUAAUUCACAUGAUAAUUCAAACUAUACAAAGAGGGCUGGUCUUUUCAGCUAAUUCACAUAGAAACAACAUAAACAUGUUUUUUUCCUUAUUAGAUGAAUUGUUUACUACAAAGCCACCGGACCUCUCGCUUACAAUCCUUUGUCCUCUUUUCUCCUCUCCGGUAGUCCAGCACCUGAAUGUGGACUCAGUCCAGACCCACGUUGCCUAGCGACGCCGAGUAGCGUUCCUGAACCUGGAGAGCCACUUGUUAGAGCGAGACGCGAGACUAACGUGAGGUAAUACAAUAUGUGUCAUCUCCGUCAGGCGACAGUGCGCAAACAAGAAAAACAAAAGGAUUUUUCGAAAUUGCCAAGUUCUGGAAUAGCUGUAUUGAACACGAAAUAAACGAGUAGUCAAACUGAGAGAUUGUUUUCAUAUUGACUCGCACAGACAAGUUCCCCCCACUUUGUUCCCAGCUCGCGCGUCAACCAGAUGGCAAACUACUAUAAUCAGCUUUACAGAAAUGCCGAGUGUCCGUGCGUCUCAUGAAGACAUCAAGCCAUCUCCUCGGGACUGUGGCCGGCCAAAAUCCUAGCUAUCAUGUGAAAGUGUUGGCCUCCAUCCUGACACUGUGCCAUUAAGCUGUGCUGCCUUACCCAAGGCCCUGGACUGUAAAAAUGUCACCUCCAGUAUGAGCAUCAUUACUUAUUUAAGAUCGCUACAUCAGGAGGCACCUCUGCCUGUGAGGAUGUAUUGGCCCCUUGGGCGGCCGGGCGCCGUGUUAUUAUUGUACGCCCUGGGGUUCUACAUCUCCGCCAGUCUCGCCGCCCCUCAGGGUCUCUUCCCCAGGCUGGAGAACAUCGGGGCCUAUAAACCCGUCCGCGUCGCCCCGGCAACGUCCACGUGUGGCGUGCCCGAGCGCAGUGCCUUCUGCCAACCCGCGGUGACCCAGGAGAGCCUUCGGACCUGUGCCCAGCAGUUCUGCGUCCAGGAGUGCCCCUACCGGUCGGCGCCGCCGCCCCGCUACGCCAGCCUCCUGACGAGGAACCUGGGCACCUGCAUCACUGAAGAUGGCCACGAUGUGCGUCCGGGGGCAGGGCCUGGCGACGCCACCAGCCUUAUAUUCCGUAACCACUCGGAUUGCUUUGCCUCCCCUCCGGUGCCAGUCUUAGGGCCAGCAAGCUCACUUACUUUAACCGUGUGGCUGAAACUAGAGGCGUCGUCUGAAAUGAGUCUGAUAGAGAAGAGGGCAAAGGGGGAGCUGGUGUUUGGCGUCACGGUCUCCGAAGAGAAGCUGGAGCUGCGGUACGGUCUUCCCAACGCUCCGGCCUUCAGCCUGGGCAUGACGACGACGGGCCGCAUCAAUAAGGGCGAGUGGACACACGUGGCCCUCCAGGUGUACGGGGCGAGUGUCAGCCUCUUCUUGAACGGCCUGGAGGAGGACAACACAGCCUUUGACACACAUUCUCUGCACGGCCCACUCACGGACAUCACAACUGACAGUGCCGUGUGGAUUGGCCAGAGCUCAAAUGGGUCAAAUCAAUUCAUUGGAAGGAUGCAGGAUUUCAGAUUUUAUCCCCUCACGCUCACCAACAGGGAGAUCAUGGAGGUGUCUGGGCGGCUCCUGCACCUCCACACGCAGCCUGAGUGUCGCUGUCCGCCCAGCCACCCGAGAGUGCACCCCCUAGUGGAGAGGUACUGCAUCCCCAAUGGCGAGGAGGACACCACCACCAACCGUGUGCUGCGCCUCAACCUGGACGCCCACCCGCUCAGCUACAUCAAUGACAACGACAUCGGCACCUCCUGGAUCUCACAUGUCUUCACCAGCGCCGAGCAGAUGGACCAGGGCGUCACACUCACCUUUGACCUGGAGAACGGACAGUACCAGGUUUUCUACGUUAUUCUGCAGUUCCUGAGCCCGCAGCCUGAAGCGGUGCGGAUCCAGCGGAGGGCUGGCGCGGGCGCUGGCGCGGGCGCUGCCGCCGGCGGGCGCUGGAGGGACUGGCAGUACCUGGCCAAGAACUGCAGCGUCUUCGGACUGGGGGAUAACGGAGCGCUGGAGCGCCCAGACUCUGUCAACUGCCUCCAGUUUCCCAGCGCGGUGCCGUUCUCCCGGGGGAACAUCACCUUCAGCAUGCUGACCCCCGAGCCCAACCUGCGUCCGGGGUACAACGACUUCUACAACAGCCCGGCCCUGCAGGAGUUUGUGCUGGCCUCGGAGGUGCGGGUGCAGCUGUUGGGUCAGUACCACACGCAGGAGCCCGGCGUCCCCUUCCGACACCGCUACUACGGAGUGGACGAGAUCACCAUCAGCGGCAGGUGUGACUGCCACGGCCACGCAGACAACUGUGACACGAGGAGGAGCCCAUACCGCUGUGCCUGCACCCCCGACAGCCACACACUGGGAGAUAAUUGUGAACGCUGUGCAGCGCUCUUCAAUGACAAGCCCUUCCGAUCAGGUGAUCAGCUGCAGGCCUACAACUGCCGCCCCUGCCAGUGCAACGGCCACGCCUCUUCCUGUCAUUAUGACGUCACGUUUGACCCCCACGCUUCGGAACACUUCCGGGGCGGAGGAGGAGUCUGUGACGACUGUCAACACAACACCACAGGGAGGAACUGUGGGCAGUGCCAGCUGCUGUUCUACAGGGACGUGGGCGCCGUCACCACCGCAGCAGACAUCUGCAGACCCUGUGGUUGCCAUGCCGCCGGGACCCUCAACGGCAGUGUGGAGUGUGAGGAGCGGCAGCACUCGUCCCCCACGCUGUGUUUGAAGGAUGCUUCCCCGUCGGAGAGGGGUGCGGUGCCAAAGGGCAGAGGGGCGGCGGCUCCUGCGGCCAGAGGCGGCAGCUGGCCCUUUGUGCUCCUAAUGAAGAUUAACCAUCAGGAACUUCAUGUACGUGUAUAUGCUUAUGUGUGUGUGUGUGUGUGUGUGUGUGUUCUCCCAGGCUUCUUCCUGUCCCCGGGAGGUGUGAGCGGGUGUGACAUGUGCGACUGUCACCCAGUGGGAGCUGAGGGGCAGGAGUGUGAGCCAGACACCGGCCAGUGUGUGUGCCGACACCCCUCAGUGACGGGACGCAGGUGUGACCAGUGCCAGGAACUUCACUUCGGGUUCAACCCCGGCGUGGGCAGGUGUGAGCAGUGUGAGUGCCACCCUGGCGGAAGCCUCGACGGCUCCUGCCACCCCGAAUCUGGUCACUGCCUCUGCAAGCUGUUUGUGGCGGGGGAGAAAUGCAACAGCUGCGUCCAAGGGGCCGGACACAUGGACCCGCACAACCACCUCGGCUGCAGCAAAGGUCAGACACACACACACACACACACACACGGGGAGAAAUGCACCUGUGUCCAAGGGGCCGGACACAUGGACCCGCACAACCACCUCGGCUGCAGCAAAGCGCCCUCCCAGCAGCCUCCUCCCCAGGGUCAUGUUCAGAGCUCCGGUGCCGUCCAGCUGACCUGGGGUGCCCCUGACUCCCCGAACAGCAACGCGCUGAAAUACCAGCUCUUCAGAGACGCCCAGCUUAUCCACACCAUCCACAGUCACUACCCCUUCGACUCGAUGAUUUUUGAAGACGACGGCUUGGACCCGUAUGAGGUGUACUCCUACCAGCUCCUGACCAGCAACGUGCAGGGCAACACCAGCAGCGUGGAGGUGAGCUACCGCACCCUGGCCACCGCCCCCACGCAGGAGCACCUCCUGCUCCUCCAGCAGGGCCGCGCCAAACCCCACAGCGUCUCCUUCAACUGGACCUCCCCGCAGAACACCUCCGGGCCCCUGGAGCGCUUCGUCCUGGGCUCGGUGGACGAGCUGAGCGGGCGGGAGCAGGUCCACUACACGGGCCUGCAGUCGGAGGCCACCGUCCGAGGACUCAGCCCCUUCACCCGCUACGCCUUCACGCUCCAGGCCUGCACCAGCGGAGGCUGCGGCCACAGCGACAAGGUCGCCGUGGUGACGGCCCAGAUUCCGCCCCUGCAUCAGGCCCCGCCCAGAGUUCGGACCCUGGGCCCCAGCGAGGUGGAGGUGGAGUGGGACCCGCCGGCACAGCCUAACGGUAUAAUCAUCAGGUAUGAGCUUUUCAUGCGAGGGCCCCUCCAGUCGCCAGACAAUCGCACCGCCCCCCCGGCCGAGGAGAGGGUUUUCCUCAGCAGCGGUUGGCUGAAUCCACAGCCACUCAUGCACUCGGCCAAUGAGAACGUCCUGUCGCCACCACAGAGCAGGACGAACCUGUCCAACCUGGAGUCUUUCUCCUGGUACGCGUUCAGAGUUCUGACAGUCAACAUGGCGGGCAGCGUUCUCUCCGAGUGGAUCACCGGACGCACGGCAGAGGAUGUGCCUGUGUACAUGCCCCCUCCCCAGGUCGCCCCUCUGACCUCCACCUCCCUCAAGGUGACCUGGAGGUCACCUCUGGACCGGGAGGCCAAAGGCAAUGUGACGGAGUUCAGAGUCAGCAUCCACCAGGAGCAGAGCACCAACCCCUUCGCCCCGCCUGUCCUCACCAAGGUGCUGCACACAGCUCCGGCGUCCGAGCGGAGCUUCACUGCUGUGGGCCUGCAGCCCUACCGCCUCUACGACUUCACCGUCACCCUCUGCAACGCACUGGGCUGUGUGAGCAGCGACCACGCCAGAGGACGCACACUACCUGCUGCUCCGGCAGGUUUGAGUCGCCCUAAAUUAACGGCGCUGAAUAUGACAGCGAUGGCGGCGUCGUGGGCUCCCCCCCGAGAGCUGAACGGACCCCCGCCCCUCUACCAGCUGGAGAGGACCGACGUGUCUCUCUCCGACCCCUUUGACCCCGUCGUCAGAGGCAUCCGCUUCCCAGGGCACGGCUACUUCCGGUUUCCCAACUCCACGCUCCCCGUUAACACAGACUUCACAGGGCUGCAGCUGAGUUUCCGCACCAGAGCUCUGAAUGGCCUGAUACUGUGCGCGCUGUCCCCUGGCGACCAAGAGGAGUAUGUGGCUCUGCAGAUCCAAAAUGGCCGCCCCUUCUUCCUGUUUGACCCACAGGCCUCUGCCGUGGCCCUGAGCCCCGAGGGCGACGGAGGGAGGCGCUAUAACGACGACCAGUGGCACCAUGUGAGUGCAACCAGGAAGCAGGCCGUGGGAACGAUCAUUGUGGACAAUCGAUACCGAGGCAGUGCAUCGGCCACCAGUGGGAGCACCAUCAUUGGGGAGAACUCAGGAGUCUUCAUCGGAGGCUUGCCAAAGGGAUUCUCUGUCCUCAGACAGGACUCGGGUGAUGCCAGGCUGGUGCGGCAGGGCUUCCUGGGCUGCCUGAGGGACGUGCUGGUGAAGAGGACGGAGAGUGGUCCCUUUGAGGAGUGGGAGCCGCUGGACUGGGACUCGGCCCAGGAGAGGGAGGAGACCUACGAGAGCUGGGAGGGGUGUCCCACACACAGGGACGACGGAGCACACUUCCUUGGACAGGGCUACCUUGAACUGAAAAGGGAGUUCUUUUCCGGAGGAGACAAUUUCCAGAUCUCCUUUGAGUUCAAAACAGACCAGCUCAGUGCCUUGCUGCUGUUUGCGUACGACGAGGAAGGGGACGACUAUAUUAUGGUGGAGCUGGAGGGGGGCAUCCUGACGUGGACGCUGCGGUGGGGGGCCCAGCAGACGCAGGUGAGCCUGUGGGUGGGCCUGUCCUACUGCGACGGCAGCUGGAACUCCGUCUCGCUGCAGAAGAGGGGCGCCCAGGCCAGCGCCACGCUCAACCAGGCCUCGGAGCAGGAGCGCGCCCCCCGGAGGGGCGUCCUCAGGGUCACCUCGCCCCUCUACCUCGGGGGCAUCCCUCUGCACCUCCACCACAAGGCCCUCGCCAGCCACAGCCGCCUCCACGGUUUUGGCGGCUGCGUGCGGGAUGUGAAGUUAGCGCGGGGUCCUGUGUUAAACCUGCCCGCCGCGUCCAGCCACGCUGUCAGAGUCAAUCUGGAUGGAUGCCUGUCAGCUGACACCAGCGGUAACUGCAGGGGGAACGACUCCAUCCUGAUCUACACCGGCCGAGGGGAGCACGCCCACGAUCUGGCCCUGCAGCCCUUCACUGAGUAUCUGUACAGGGUGAUUGCGUCUGCAGAGGGGGGCUGGGUGACAGGCCCAUGGGAGCGUGGACGCAGUCGAGAGACAGUUCCUGCGAGUGUGGCGUCUCCCUCCAGAGUGGAGUGUGUAAAUGGUUACAGCGCUGAGGUGAGCUGGGACGAGCCCGCCGGGGUCAGGGGUGUAAUUGAGAAGUACGUGGUGAAGGCGUACAACCAGGACGACCCCUCCCAGUCUCCCAUCACAGCCACCUUCCUCCACCACACACCGCACCUGACAGGCAAUUUGAGCGGCUUGGCUCCUUUCACCCGCUACAGGCUGACGUUAACGGCCUGCACUCAGGUGGGAUGCGUGGAGAGCGUCCCAGGCCGGAGCAUCAGCACUCCUCAAGAGGAUGAGGUGAUGCCUCCCAGUGCCGGCCCGCUGGCGGACUCUCUUCUGGUCCUCUGGAGUCCUCCUCAGAGGCCCAACGGCGUCAUCACAGAGUUCCUGCUCUACAAGGACCACACGCUUGUCUACAGGGGCAACGACACACAGCUCAACAUCACGGAGCGGGACAAGAUUCCUCUGCUCCGCCUCAGGGUCCUGUUCAUCCUGCUGGGAUUACGUUUCCAAGAGUGA